GAGUGACAGGCGGGGCGGGCGCAGCCUCCGCUUCCGCCUGGCCAUGGGGCCGCGUGAGCUGCCGCCGCCGCUCCUGCUGCUACUGCUGUUGCUGCCAGCGCUGCUGUGCGGAGGCCAGGAGACCACGUCUUCGCGCCCCGCGCAGACCACGCUCUCGUCGCCGCCCGCCGCGAGGAACGGGAGCCAGCCGGGCGCGCCGCACAACGGCACGCACCCGCAGCCGCCGGCCGCCUCGGGCUCGCCGCUGUUGCGCUCCUUGUACGUGCUCACGGGCCUCUGCGGCCUGGCCGCGCUCUACUUCCUCAUCCGGGCGUUCAGGUUGAAGAAGCGGCAGCGGAGGAGGUACGGCCUCCUGGCCAACAGCGAGGACCCCACGGAGAUGGCCUCGCUGGACAGCGACGAGGAGACAGUCUUUGAGACCAGGAAUCUGAGAUGGUGGCGUUUUCAGCCGUCCUGGGGGAAGAACAGACACAGGGCCUGUGCCCGGUGCCUGGCGCACCCCGUGAUUCUCCUGCCGGCUUUGCUGCACCCUGAGAGCUCGUGUGGGGCCUGCCCAGCCUGCCCGAAGCCGCUUCAGUCCCCAGUUGGACGGGACACCCAGGAUGCCAGGCAGAAGCCAGAGAGGCCCUGGCAGGCCUCCCAGGACUGA